AUGUCCAAAGAUCAUAUCCAAACUAUUGAGUCAAAUUUUGCGGAUCAUCUCGCAUCCUCCGAUCAUCCAGGAGAAGUUCUCUCUUCCGAACUUUAUAAACUCAGAGGACUAAUAAAACCACAAUCCAAAAAAAAAUUCGCUGAUAUUCCCCGCAUGUCUACCGCUUAUUAUCCUCGUCCCACUCCUCAAGAUGUUCUGAUCGAAGAAAGGGAUUGGAAUCAAACAAACACUUCGUAUAGCGGCGACGCUAUUUACGAAUGGAAUAUUGAUGGUCUUUCUGAUCGCCAAAUCUCUAUUCUAAUUCAUCGUAUGUCCAUGUAUGCUACUAUUUGUCUGGCCACAAAAGCCACUGAUAGAAACGCCAAAACUGACCAAACAAUCUGUAAAAUGAUUGUUGCUGGGUUCACUGAUCAACUCCGUGGCUGGUGGGAUAAUUUCCUAGAUGACACUAAACGCGCGGCGAUUUUUGACGCCACCAAUGACAAAGAGGGCAAAGAUAAUCUUGGCCGCACUCUUGCUGCAGGACGAUCUGAUGCUGUUUAUACCCUCAUGCUGACUAUUAUUGAACACUUUGGCGGAAGGUUCACUAAUCAUCAUGAAAAUAUUCGCACUCUUCUUAAUGGGUUAAAAUGCCGGCAUCUUGGGGAAUUUCGUUGGUAUAAAGAUACCUUUCUUAGCCGGGUCAUGGAUUUACCCGAAAGUAGAUACGAACACUGGAAAGCCAAAUUCAUUGAUGGUCUUCCUCCCCUUUUUGCUGAACGUGUUCGCAAAACUCUUCGCGGAUCUUAUGGUGAGAUCCCCUAUGCUGACAAAACUUAUGGUCAAUUGAUCGUAGCCUGUACUCAAGAAGGGUUAGCCCUUUGUAACGAGUUAAAACUGGCUAGACAGAUCAAAAUUGAUAAACUCCGAGAAAAAACUCAACUAGGUGAUUUCUGCGAACAAUUUGGCAUGGAAAAACCCUUAAUCCGAAAACCCUACAAAUCUUCCACAUAUCAAUCUAAACGUCCUCGGCGACGUAGCAAGGAGCAGCGAGAAACUCGUAAAUCCUUCCGAAAAUCUACUCGAUUUGCUAAAAAUCGUUCAAAACGAAACUUAGCAAAGAUUAAAUGCUACAAAUGCAAUCAAUACGGUCAUAUUUCUCCAAAUUGUAAAUUACAAAAAUUAAAAACUCUGAAUCUUUCUGAUGAUAUUCAGAAUCAAGUCUAUAAUUUGUUGUACACUUCUGCUUCUGACUCCGAUUCAGACUUCACUUCUGAAACUGAUUUUCAACUUCCUGACUCUGAUGAUCAUCUCGAACAGCCUGCAAAAUGUGUUGAUUGUGAUAAUCAUGAUUGCAAUUGUGAUGAAGUGAUGUACAAACUUCAAGCUCAAUUUGAAGAUAUUGAUUUAGACGUUAAAACCAUUACUUCUGAAAAUGUUCUCGAACUGUUAAAGGAAGUCACGGACGAAAAACUUCGUGACAAAAUUCUGACUUUAGCCACUCAAAAAUCAUCUUCUCCUUCUUCUAGUUCUACUGUUUCAGCACGAGAUAAUUUUGAAACUCAGCCUAUGGCAUAUUCUUUGGAUGAAGUUCAUCGAAGGUUAGCUUUAAGCAAAGUUCCUGGUCACAAGCCAAACGACAAGGAUUUUACAAAUACUGAACUUAGUCAAACGGUUAAUAUUGAGAGUCUGCAAAAUGAUUCCUUUCUGGGAAUGUUGCAAAUCGUUACUGCUCAUAAAUGGUAUAUUAAUUGUACCAUUUUAGUUAAUAAGGAAUUCUUUAUCACUAAUGUCGCCAUGAUCGACAGCGGGGCAGACGAAAAGUUAAAGACUGUUUCUUCACAAUUAAUGAAUGAUAUUUGUGCUGACCAUCCAAAUGCUUUCUGGAGUAGAAAGAAGCAUAUUGUUUCGCUUCCUUAUGAGGACGGCUUCACUGAAGAAAAAAUUCCAACAAAAUCUCGACCCUGUCAAAUGAAUGCAGAAUUAGUUGAAUUCUGCAAAAGGGAGAUUGAUCAUCUCCUGCAAAAGGGUCUCAUUAAACCCUCAAAAUCCCCUUGGUCUUGCACCGCUUUUUAUGUUAACAAUGCUGCCGAAAAAGAAAGGGGUACACUUCGAGACUUAGCCCCUCUGUAUGACAGACUGAAAAAGGAUCACAAAACUCCGUGGACUCCAGCCCACACUGAUUUGGUAAAGGUAAUUAAAGCUCGUGUCCAAUCUCUUCCCUGUAUUUCUCUUGCUAAUCCUAAUUGGCAAAAAAUUGUUGAAACCGACGCUUCCAAUAUUGGGUAUACAAGUGAUGAGAAGGAAAGAAGUAGAAUUGAACUCAAAAGAGAUCAAAAUAAGAAAAGAGUGCAAGAGCCAGAAGACAUGGUUGAUGGAAAGAGAAAUGGGGACCAGCCACUGCCACUACUUAUUGCUGAAGACCCUCCGAAUGAGCAGAAACUAGGAUCGAUACUUCACUUGGAUGAAUCGCCCGGUGUUCUUUGGCCCAAUUCUGAGGAGGAUCCACAAGAUUUUUUGGAUAGUAUGCAGAAGUUAGAAAGGUAUGCUCUAAAUAUAGUGGUUGAUUCUAAAGCCCAAAUGAGCAAAUUUGUAUUUGGUGUUUCUGAGGAUGUGGUUAAGAAGUUUAGGGCGGCUAUGUUUAUUAAGAAGAUGGACCACUCUAUAUUUAUGGGUCAUGCUCAGCAGAUUGAGGAAGAGAAGAUCAAGGGGGAAAAAUGGAAAAUAAGAGGGCCAGGACUAACAACUUCAACUUCUCUCAGCGAAGGUCAGAUGGUGGAAAUCGUUCACAGUUCUGCCAGAAUUCUUCAUCCCCAGUCCCAUAAUCUGCUACUGCCCAGCGCUUAA